CCCGUCCUGAUAACCUUUGCUGGAAAGCUGCACGCGUUAGAUCAUUUCUAAUCGGCAUGCUCGUCUAUCAAGUGCUACUUCUACCUUGCGCUCUGUUGGCUCUUCUUCUAGCCAGCGCCCGUGCCCAAUGUCCCCAGACUUCAGUUACCGUGAACGCUCCGUGCGGGCAAGCAGCGAUUUCUUGUAACGCGCCCUACGUUCCUCAGAAUGGGGCUUGUGUGCUGCCUUUUCCGACUCCAAGUGGAUGCGGUCCAGGCCAAGUCUGCGCAAACGGAGUUGUGGUACACGUUUUUCCGUCAGGGUCAACUAACGCACAAUCCGUAAAUUCGCUUUGUCCAAAUCAACCAGUUCAGCCCCAACCUGCACCUUGCCCAAAUCAACCAGUUCAGAACCAGCCUGCUCCCUGCCCAAAUCCGCCUGUAACUCCCUAUCCAUUCGUUCAGUCCCAGCCUGCUCCCUAUCCAAAUCAGCCUGUAACACCCUAUCCACCCGCUCAGCCCCAGCCAGAACCUUGUCCAAAUCAGCCCGUAACUCCCUAUCCACCCGCUCAGCCCCAGCCUGCUCCCUGCCCAAAUCAGCCUGUAACUCCCUAUCCACCCGUUCAGUCCCAGCCUGCUCCCUGCCCAAAUCAGCCUGUAACACCCUAUCCACCCGUUCAGCUCCAGCCAGCACCUUGUCCAAAUCAGCCUGUAACACCCUAUCCACCCGUUCAGCUCCAGCCAGCACCUUGUCCAAAUCAGCCUGUAACUCCCUAUCUACCCGUUCAGCCCCAGCCAGCACCUUGUCCAAAUCAGCCCGUAACUCCCUAUCCACCCGCUCAGCCCCAGCCUGCUCCCUGCCCAAAUCAGCCUGUAACUCCCUAUCCACCCGUUCAGUCCCAGCCUGCUCCCUGCCCAAAUCAGCCUGUAACACCCUAUCCACCCGUUCAGCUCGAGCCAGCACCUUGUCCAAAUCAGCCUGUAACUCCCUAUCCACCCGCUCAGUCCCAGCCUGCUCCCUGCCCAAAUCAGCCUGUAACACCCUAUCCACCCGCUCAGCCUCAGCCUGCUCCUUGCCCAAAUCAGCCUGUAGCUCCGUAUCCACCCGUUCAUCCCGAGACCACAAAUAGACCCUAUGAACCUCCUACAACUACUACAACCACUCAACCAACCACAACAGCCCGGAAAACGACGACAACCAGAAAGACAACGACCCCACCGCCGCCUGCUCCGCUGCGUAUCUGCCCGAGAGGCACAGUCCUUAUAAAUGACAUCUGCCGUCUGGUAUAUUGCGGCUCAAAGGUCUACUCGAACGGGCGUUGUGUGGAGCCGCGGUGCCCCAAGGGCACUUACUGGACGGGUCAGAAUUGCGCUCUACCCGAGCCGAUUGAGUUGAGUCCCAUUAAUCUCCAGCGAACGAUCAUCAACGAGAACUCGAAGAAUACGCCCGACUUGGUGCUAAAUAAUGUGCAGCAUUUGACAGUCAAUGCCUCACUCACGCUACCAACAGAUUACAGGGACUACGAGGAGGAAUCCGAGGAGGCAGUGGAGGAAGCGGAGGAGAUAACACCUCCGCCAUCAACUCCAACCAAAUGCUGCACUGUGAUUGCGCCACGCACCUGCCGCUGUCCGGCGGACAGUAAUCGCUGGCAAUGCUAUAAUCCGAGGCAGCAGCUGUGCGGCGACUUCUGUACAGCGCCUAAGGUAGCGAUAAGGCCAGCAAGUGUGAACACCUGGCAUGUCAACGAUGCCCAAAUGCUCAGCAUGCCGCCCAACUGGAAUGCCGGCUGUCAAUUGCAGGGCAACUGCAUGCAAGUCGCAGAGAGGUAUGACUGCAGCGGCUGUGCUUCGGGCCAGAUGUCCUCCUGUUCCCCCUACUGCUACGACUACCGCUGCAACAGCCCCAGCUGUGCCUACUACAAUCAAGAACAAUUUUGCGAUUCGCCGCAAUUCGCCGACUCUGUGGGCUGCCGUCCUCAGGAUGGCUGGCGUCGAUAGGCAAUGUGACCAGCUCAGCUUCAAUA